AAAGGGCAUAGUGUAUUAUUUGAUUUAGAUGCAACAAAUUUUCCAAAUUCUUUUCCACUUGAUUUCAUGCACCUUAUAUAUGAAAAUAUAGCUGGUUAUAUAUUCAAGCUUUGGACUGGAAAUUUCUUUCAAAAGGGUUAUGAAGAUAAUAAAGAUUAUGUUCUUGACAAAGCUAUAUGGAAUGAAAUUGGGAAUAAUAUGAAUAAUGUUCGGAAAACAAUUCCAGCUUAUUUGGGACGCCCACCACGCAAUAUAGUACUUUAUUAUAAUGGAUAUAAGGCUGAAGAAUGGUUUACAUGGAUUACAUUAUAUUCUUUACCUCUUCUAAAAGAUAGAAUGCCAAUAAGAAACUAUGAAGGAUGGGCUAAUUUUGUUAAAGCUGUACGUUUGUGUAAUAAAUUAGUGUUAACAUCACAAGAUAUAAAAAAUAUUUGA